ACAAUCUUGGCGAGGCGAGUUCAAGAAUUCUGAAAUUUUAAAAUCCAAACCGUCGGCGUUGACGACACAGAGAUAUACCGAACCGGAAGACUCAUAGGAAAGCGAGAGGGAGCCAUGGGUGCUUCUCAGGCUAUGAAGAGAAUCCCUCGCAUCAAGUUCCCUCAGAGGCAUCCCAAGCCCUCAGGUUCUGCAUCUGAGACGCAGGCUUCAGCAUCGGCAAGUGAUGGCAAUUUACCUUUCUUUUCAAGUUCAAAAGCUCCAUCAACUGUAGGAGGGAAAGCCUCACUUCAGCCCAAAAGAACUCCCGUAUCUAAUGAGGAGAUUGAGGCAAUUUUGUUGGGUGGGUGCUUCUAAGCGCGUCCUUAUAUGGCGGCUCUAAUGGCUUAAUGUGCUGCCGUUCUGAUUUAUUUUGUGUCAUGUAAGAACAGUAUACUAUUCCUGUUUGUGAAUAAUGGUUCAAUCACAGAAGUGGAAUGGAGAUCCACGGUUGAUAUAUGUACGUUGAUGUAAGUGUUGUAAUUGAACUACUGAUUUUGGAAAAGAGUGACGAUAACAAUCCUA